AUGCUCAGGCGCCCAACAGCCCCCACCAUCUGGGCCCGUCGUCCCUGGGUCUGCACCCAAUGUCAAGCCCGGUAUUCCUCCGUCGCGCCGGGCUCGAAUCUCCGCGCUGGCAAUAACAACAAUACCAUCAACAAAAAAACUAAAUUGCCUGACUCGCCGGCGAGGACUCGAUUCGCACCGUCUCCGACCGGCUACCUUCAUUUGGGAUCUCUGCGGACGGCUUUGUUCAAUUACCUUUUGGCGAAGCGCACGGGAGGACAGUUCUUGCUGCGCAUUGAGGAUACGGAUCAGAAACGUACAAUUCCGGAUGCUGAGCAGAGGCUUUAUGAUGAUCUUCGGUGGGCUGGAUUGCACUGGGAUGAAGGUCCGGUUGUCGGUGGUCCGUACGGUCCUUACAGACAGUCCGAACGAACCGCCAUCUACCGCUCCCACGCGCAGGAGCUGAUCGAGAACGGCCACGCCUACCGCUGCUUCUGCUCCGCCGAUCGAUUGGACGCUUUCGCCAGACAUCGCAGCCAAGCUGGACUGCCGGCCGGUUACGAUAGGAAAUGCGGGGAGGUCUCUGCGGAGGAGUCGGAAGAGAGGGCGGCCAAGGGUGAAGCGCAUGUCGUUCGACUGAAGGUGGAAGGAUACCCUAUGUUCAACGAUCUGGUGUACGGCAAGACGGGCCAGAACCGCUCGCCGAACAAGUUGGAUUUGAUCGAGCGUGUCUAUGACGAUCCCAUUCUGAUCAAGUCCGACGGACACCCGACCUAUCAUCUGGCGAACGUGGUGGAUGAUCAUCUCAUGAAGAUCACCCAUGUCAUUCGAGGAACGGAAUGGAUGCCCUCGACCCCCAUGCACGUCGCGCUUUACAACGCCUUCAAGUGGACGCCUCCGCAGUUCGGCCACGUACCUCUCCUCGUGGACAAGUCGGGACAGAAGCUCAGCAAACGCAAUGCGGAUAUCGACCUCAGCUUCUUCAAGGACACCCAAGGCGUUUUUGCUGCAACCCUCGUGAACUUUGCCGCUCUCCUGGGCUGGUCGCACACCCAGAAGUCGGAUAUCUUCAACCUUGAAGAGCUGGAGCAACUCUUCAACCUCAAAAUCACCCGCGGCAACACCGUCGUGGCCUUCGAAAAGCUUUGGUUCCUCCAGAAAGCGCACGCCCAACGCUUCGCCUCCACCGACGGGCCCGAAUUCACCGAGAUGGUGACCAAGGUAUCCGAAGAAGUCGAGAAGACCUACCCAGCCGCGCAACUCAACCCCCUCCUCCAAUCCCGUUCCCUACAAACAUACAUCGCCCCCCUCCUCCGCGCCGACGCCAAAUCCUACACCAACGCCGCAGACUUCACAACCCGCAACUCGACCUUCUUCACCCAAUCCCUCAACCGAUCCCCUUACACCCCCUCAUCUACGACCAACACAAUCCCUUUGACAUCCCUCCACACCGCAAGCCUAGCACUCACCCUCGUCCCCCCGGCACACUGGACCCUCGAAACCCACCGCGCAAACAUAACCGCCUACGACGGCACCACCCCCGACGACUCCUCUCCCACUGACACCCUCACGCCCGAAGAAUCCACCAAAGCGCAGAAGGCAGCUGACAAAGCCUUCAAGAAGGAACUAUACCACUACCUCCGCUGGGCAUUGUCGGCUGGUGCACCGGGUCCUGGUAUCCCAGAGACCAUGGCUAUUUUGGGUAGAGAGGAGACGGUGAGGAGAGUACAGGAGGCGAAGGAGUUGACGGCGCAUUUGGUGCCGGGGCCGACGAGACGGGUUAAGCAGGGAGUGGAGAGUUUGGGUGAGGAUCGGUCUUGGAUGGGGUCGUUGGCUCCUUCUUCUGGGUCUUCUUAG